AUCUUGAUGUGUAUGUGUGUUUCGUGAGCUUCAUUUUAUAUUAUUUUAUUAGAUUAGAAUAUAAUUAUUUAAUUAUUGCAUAGAUGAUAUUUUCAGGUAAAUAAGAGAAAGAUGUGAGUUUGAUCCCGUAAUUGUAUGUACAUUGGGCCACAAUGGACGUUGACGAUUCCGCGGUGGAUCUUAGCGUCAGAUCCUUGCCUCCGGAGUUGAGUGAACUGCGAGCUCUGACUGCAAGCGGACUUACUAUAACUCCAGCUCAGCCACCACCACAUGGUGCGAGUGGCAAGCGGGUGCUCCGCCCCCGUUCUGAGCAGCGUAGCUAUGCGGAGAGCCCUGACAUCGUGCUGUUGCCCGCUGCGCCUCCGCACCGCAAACCUAAUCUGCCUGCGCCCGCCCCGUUCACAGAUGUUAGCAGCAAGUUGAACUCGAGUGUGAACGUGUCAAUAACGCCGAGCGUACCCGUCGCCGCACCGGAGUCGCCGCGUGAGCCACGAGAUGAUGAGGACUCGGAGGAUGAUGAGAAUGAUCCUCCGCUGCCCAUUGCUGGACAUACAGAACUAUCAAGUGCAGAGAUAUGGGAGCGAGAGAGACGUCUGCGAGCUCUCAGAGAGAAGCUACGCUCGGAGGAGACACGGCUCGUGCUGUUGAGGAAACUGCGCCAGUCGCAGCAGAGCACUGGGAUACCGCCCGUUAAGGACACGACAACUGGCACCGCGCUCGCAGGCAGCGGGUGCGUGGUGCCGCCCGGCGUCACUGUAACCCCCGCCCCGCCCCCAGCACAUCAACAGAACAAGCGAUCGAGCACAAGCGCAGCGGCGGGCAACAACCUAUCUUCAAGCACUCGUCGUCCUUCCAGUCUGCCAGGCGGAGCUACACUCACACCGGGAAUAUAUCGCACCCAGAAUGCAUCGAGUGGUGGCGCUAGUAUCACCCCAUCAGUCACUAUAACACCCGCGCCGCCGCCAGCCACACAACAUGCACAACCAAAGGCUAGUUCGCGCAGUUCCGAUGACACGCAGACCCCGGCACAGCGCCAGGCCGCAGCUAAACUUGCGCUCCGCAAACAACUCGAGAAGACAUUACUACAGAUCCCGCCGCCUAAGCCUCCGCCGCCGGAGAUGAACUUCAUCCCGUCGCCUAGCAACACUGACUUUGUGUACCUCGUCGGCCUCGAGCACGUCGUCGACUAUCUUACCAACGAGGAACGUAUGCCACGUUCAAGUGUGCCAGCAGUAUGCGCGCAGUGCGGUUGUGACUUCACUGCAGUAUGGCGCUGGGAGCGCGCGCCCGCACCCGCAGCGCGCAGACAGGAUCCUACCUUCAGCUGCGCACCUGCAGCACGCAGACUGUGCGAGCUCUGCGUCUCUGGCAAUGUUAAACGUGCUCUCAAGGCGGAGCACACGGCGCGCCUGAAGACUGCGUUCGUGCGCGCGCUGCAGCAGGAACAGGAGAUCGAGCGACGCCUCGCCGCACCCGCCGCUUCCCCGCCGCCCGCGCCUCCACCCGCGCACGCCCCCGCACCUGCGCAUGCGCACGCGCACAACACGCACGCAGCGCACUCCUCACACUCGUCGCACUCCUCGCACCGCACCCCACAGAUGUCAGUGUCGCGGUCUUCGUCACGCACGCCGGCGCCAGCUGCGUCCGCUGCGCCCGCGCAGCAGUCCACCGCCAAACAGCCGCAGCCCUCCAACAGCAGCCGGUCGGCAAGCUCUUCGGAAACGAUGCCACGCCAUCACUCUGAGCGCACGCGUGAACAAGACGUGCCCGCCAAGAAAGGUAAAGGAUCAUCUUCGAGCACAGCCAGCCAGGGAAGCAGUUCUAGUAAACAGCAUCAGCAGCUUGCGGCGGCGGCGGCUGCGCAGAUGGCGUUCGAGCAACACAGCGCUGCAGCUAUGCAGGCGCUGCAACAUCAGCUGCUAAGAGGUCUGAGCGGCGCGGCGGGCGGCGGCGGCAUGUCAGCGGCGGCGGCGGCGGCCAUGAUGCAGUUCUCCCCGCUGCUGUACACGUACCAGCUGGCCAUGGCGCAGGCCUCCGCGCUAGGUAAGCGCACGGGUAAGGGCGGCGGUGCGGGGGGAGUGGGCGGUGUGGGCGGGGCGGGGGGCGCGGCGGCGGUGGCGGAGAUGCAGCGCGUGGCGGAGGCGCAGCGCCAGUACCUGCUCGACAUGAUACCUGGACAACAUGGACGUAACCCCUGGACUAAGAAUUAAAACGCACCGAUGAGAGAAAACGAAGGAAGGAACUUAGUAAUUAUGUUAAGGUAUUAUGAGUUUAAAGUAAUAAGCUAGAUAGAUAAACUUAGUUAAUAAAAGUUUGAAACUUUAUACAUUAUGUUCUAACAAUUAUAUUCAUAGGAAAAUACGUAAACAAGAAUUAAAUUAAAAAAAAAUUGAUGUGGGUCAGCCAUAUUGAUUUUUAUCAUAUACAGUGAUUGUGUUACAUUUAUUAUAGUAGUAUAUUUCCACUGAUUACGAAUCCAUCGAAAAUAUUGCUAUUUCAGUUUUUUGAAGGGGGAAACCAAGGAUGACGAUAUUUUUUUAUAUUGAAUUUCUGUCUGUUUUUUGCUAUAAUGUAAUAGAAAUUGCUAGAACAUUUUGUAUGUUUAAUAAUAAUUCGUCAUAAAUAUUGCACAACAAUAAAAUACGUAAAAAAUGUUUAGAUUAAGAGGUAAUUAAUAUGUCGGAAUGAAAUCGUGUGACAGUUUUAAAUAUGA